AGUAGUCUUCAGGUAUUGGAACUGAUCGUUGCAUCAAACUCUAAUAUAAAUUUCGCAAUAUUUUCCAGUUCUACUGAAGGACAAAACAAUGAAAAUCGCCAUUGUUUUAUUGGCCAUUGUUAGCUUGGUUGCUAGAAGCAGCAUCUCUAAGCAUGAAGUCAAAAUCGCCGACAAGGACUUUUUGGCUAAACAAAAGUUCCUUUUCGAAAUUGUUUACCGCGUUGAGGAUCCCUUGAUGUUCGAGGAAUGGAUCAAGUUGGGCAAGACUUUCGCCCUUGACAAGGCUGACUACACUCACUUCGAUAUGUACAUGGAGAAAUUAUAUGCAGCCUACAAGCAUGAUGCUCUUUUACCCAAGGGUGAAUUCUUCGGGGCCCUGGUAAAGACCCACUUUAAACAGGCUUAUGGUUUGUUUGAAUUCUUCUACUAUGCCAAGAACUGGGAAGUCUUCCAACGCAACGUUGCCUGGGCUCGUAUGCAUUGCAACGAAGGCAUGUUCGUCUAUGCUUUGACUUUGGCCGUCAUCCACCGUGAUGAUUUCCAUGGCUUGAUCUUGCCUUCCAUCUACGAAAUCUUCCCUCAAAACUUCUUCAACAGCAAAUUCGUUUAUGAAGCUGAGAAAUUCGAUUACGAUGUUUGGAGCAAAUACAUCAUGUACGAGAAGGAAUACAAGGAUAUCCUCUACAAGGAUAGCAUGAAAUUUGACAGCCAUUACUACUAUUUCUACACCAAGGACUGGCAGACGUGGCAAUGGUGGAAGAUGAUGGGUUUGGACGAGCAGUGGUACCCUGAAGAACACAUCAUAUUGCUAGGUAAUAUGGAUAAGUACAAGAACCCUAAAUACCUGGAAAUCUUCGAAGGUACCAAGAUGUUCUUCAUGCCUGUCGAUUACACCCGUGACAUUGAAUUCUUCAACCAGGAAUCUGCUUUGUCUUACUUCACCGAAGAUGUUGGUUUCAACGCCUACUGGUACUACCUUAACAUGGACUACGCUUUCUUCUUAGAUGGCAGGACCUAUGGCUUGAACAAGGAUCGUCGUGGUGAAUACUGGUUGUACAUUGUCCGCCAAAUUUUGUCUCGUUACUACAUGGAACGUUUGUCUCACGGUUUUGGCGAAAUUCCCGAAUUCUCCUACUUCAACACCAUCGAAUACGGUUACAACCCUCAAUUGGUUUACUACAAUGGUGUUGGUUACUCUUACCGCAAGAACUACUUCGAAGUUGAAAGCUACGGCAAAUUCGACUACUACUACAAGGUUAUGGACUUCUUUAACCGUUUGGAUGAAAUCAUCACCAAGGGUGUCUAUGUCACCUACGAAGGCAAGACCAUUGACUUGCGCAAACCCGAAUCCAUUGAAUACAUUGGCAGCAUUAUGCAGGGUAACGUUGAUGCUUUUGACGAAUUCUUCUUCAAAUACUGGUACAUGUUUUCCCAUAUGUAUUUCGGUGAUGUGAACACUAACGAUUUCGAAGUCUUCCCUCACAUCUUCUUGAACUACGAAACCAUGAUGCGUGAUCCAAUGUUCUACAUGUUCUACAAGAAGAUUGCUUCCGUCUACUUCCAAUUCUUCUACUAUGUCAAACCCUACACUCACGAAGAAUUGUUGUUCCCUGGUGUUACCAUUAAGGACGUUAAGGUCAGUAAAUUGGUUACCUUCUUCGAUUUGGUCGACUUUGAUGUCACCAACUUGUUGAACGACAAGAUGAAUUUCAUUGAUGGUCAAUUCGUUUGGGACAAAACAUUGUUGGCCCGUCAAAUGCGUCUUAACCACAAACCCUUCGACUUUGAUUUCGUUAUUGAAUCCUAUAAGGAACAAAAGGUUGUUAUCCGCACCUUUUUAGGCCCCAAAUACGACGAAUUCGGCCGUGUUAUUUCCUUGACGAAAAACCGUGAAAACUUCAUGGAACUCGACAGCUUCAUCUACACUCUCAAAUCUGGUAUCAACGAAUUCAAACGUCUCUCCGAGGACUUCUACUGGACCGUGGAAGACCGCACUUCCUACACUGAAUUGUACAAAUAUGUCAUGCUUGCUUUCGAAGGCAAAUACAACUUCCCCUUGGACAUCAGCGAACCCCACUGUGGUUUUCCCGAUCGUUUGAUCUUACCCCACGGUUGGGUGGAGGGUAUGCCCAUGCAACUCUUCUUCUACGUCACUCCUUACAAUGCCUCCUACGAACAUUUGUCUACCUUCGACUACACUUACUCUUGUGGUAUUGGCUCUGGCGUUCGUUACGUUGAUGAAAUGCCUUUCGGUUAUUCAUUCGACCGUGAAAUCGAUGAAUACGAAUUUUUCGUAUCCAACAUGUACUUCAAGGAUGUUAAGAUUUACCACACGAAGACCUUCGAAAAGUAUUACGAGCCCGAGUAUUAUUGCUACAAAUAUGAAAAGUUUAGUCACUUCGAUUACGCCUACAUUCAUUAGGUAAAAAGUGCAAGAUGCUACGUGCAAAAACAAAAACGAAAAAAAAACCUGAUGAUUUCAUGCAUCUGGAGUGAUAAGCUCACUCCCCGAACAAAUCGGAACUACAUAAUUUGUAUAAAAAGCGCAAAAAUUAAGCAAUCAUCAGCAGUCUUUAGGUAUUGGAACUGAUCGUUGCAUCAAACUCUAAUCCGUGGACAGUUUGGUUUUGAAUUUUACGCGCUCUGUUGAAGGACUAAACAAUGAAAAUCGCUAUCGCUUUAUUGGCUA